GGUGGCCGCAGCAGGUGAGGGCGCGGCGCGGUGGCGCUCCGUAAAGCCGAGGGGAGGAGGCGGCCGCCACACCUAGGGCGCCGCAGAGCACCCCGGCUGGCGCGGGCGGAGCCCCGCUGAAGGCCGCGCGUGUGUGUCCCCGGCCCCGCCCCGCCCCGUCCAAUGAGAGCUGCGGCCGCAGGGGCUGUCCGCGCUCUCUGGCCCCGGCCGCACUCCGCGCCCCGGAGCCACUGACACCGCACCCGAGCCGCCGACACCCGGCUCAGCUCUCGUCGGUCUCCUGGCCCUGCAGCUCGGGAGUUCUUGGGUACUCUGCGCCCGGCUCCCGGACUCCACGUGCCCCGCGGUCCCCAGUCGCCCACAGUCCCCAUGGCCACCCUGAGGGGCGAGCUAGGAGACGCCUGAGGAAGCCCAGACCGUGCCCGUCCACGGCCCUGCGGGCUGCGCGGCGGGAGUCUGCGCGGAGCUAUGCUGAGGCCGCGGGGUGCGGAGGAAGCCGCGCAGCUCGCCCCUCGGCGUGCCCGCAUCCUGGUCCCCGCACCCAGACCCGCGGCCCCCGACGUGUCCCCGGCUUCUGCCCGCCUGGGUCUUGCCUGCCUGUUGCUGCUGCUGCUGCUGACUCUGCCGGCCCGGGUAGACACAUCUUGGUGGUACAUAGGGGCACUGGGAGCCCGAGUGAUCUGCGACAACAUCCCUGGUUUGGUGAGCCGCCAGCGGCAGCUGUGCCAGCGCUACCCAGACAUCAUGCGUUCAGUGGGUGAAGGUGCCCGAGAAUGGAUCCGAGAGUGUCAGCACCAGUUCCGCCAUCACCGCUGGAACUGCACCACACUGGACCGCGACCACACUGUCUUUGGCCGUGUCAUGCUUAGAAGUAGCCGGGAAGCAGCAUUCGUAUAUGCCAUCUCAUCAGCAGGAGUGGUCCAUGCCAUCACUCGGGCCUGCAGCCAGGGGGAGCUGAGUGUGUGCAGCUGUGACCCAUAUACCCGAGGUCGGCACCAUGACCAACGAGGGGACUUUGACUGGGGUGGCUGCAGUGACAACAUCCACUACGGUGUCCGCUUUGCCAAGGCUUUUGUGGAUGCCAAAGAGAAGAGGCUUAAGGAUGCCCGGGCCCUCAUGAACUUACAUAACAACCGCUGUGGCCGCACGGCUGUGCGGCGAUUUCUGAAGCUGGAAUGUAAGUGUCACGGUGUGAGUGGUUCCUGUACUCUGCGCACCUGCUGGAGGGCACUCUCAGACUUCCGACGCACUGGGGACUACCUGAGGCGGCGGUAUGAUGGCGCCGUGCAGGUGACUGCCACCCAGGAUGGUGCCAAUUUCACAGCAGCCCGCCAGGGCUAUCGCCAUGCCACCCGGACUGAUCUUGUCUACUUUGACAACUCCCCUGACUACUGUGUCUUGGACAAGGCUGCAGGUUCCCUAGGUACCGCGGGCCGCGUCUGCAGCAAGACAUCUAAAGGAACAGAUGGGUGUGAAAUCAUGUGCUGUGGCCGAGGGUACGACACAACUCGAGUCACCCGUGUCACCCAGUGUGAGUGCAAAUUCCACUGGUGCUGUGCGGUGCGGUGCAAAGAGUGCAGGAACACUGUGGAUGUCCACACUUGCAAGGCCCCUAAGAAGGCAGAGUGGCUGGACCAGACCUGAACACAGAUACCUCAUUCACCCCUCCACUUCAAGCCUCUGACUCAAAAGCACAAGAUCCUUGCAUGCACACCUUCCUCCACCCUCGAUCCUGGGCGGCUACAGCUUCUGUUAUGGACUUGGAGAGUGAUCCAGAGGGACCCCAAUGUCCUGGCUGGUUCCUUAGCCCUAGGAAGGAGUUGAUAGGGGAUGGAUAUGAGACUGGAGGUUUGAAGGGAGAGUAGAAGAGAUAGGAGUCUGUCUUCAGAGUGAUUUGGGUUGCACUAAAGUCAAGGCUCAUUUUCCCCUUUGCUUGCACUGACUUCUGAUACUCUUUGGGUAUGCAACAGGAAGGGAAUCUGGAGGUAGCUUCCUUUUUGAUCCAACUGUAACCAAGGACAGAUAGGACAGAGAUAUAACGGCCUGUCUCUUCACUGGAGACAGUUUGUGCAGACAAUCUUAGGCUAUAGCAUUCUGCUGAGACCCUGAGACCAGCUAGAUGUGUUAGCCAUGGUGAACAGGGCUCCAUCUCAUGCUCUUAUGCAGCUUAUAAACUGGUGGUUUUGUGAGUGGGGAAAUCACAUACUAUACAAUUACACAUUCUCUGUGUCUCCUUUUCCACCUACAUCAGACAACAGCAGCCUGCUCACUGGCUGCCUGUUCAGAGGGAGGCAGCUUGCAGUGGUUCAAUCUUAAUAGACCAUUAGAGCCCCGGAACAGAACAGUGAGAGAACAGUAUAGUAAGCCUGGCUAGGCCUUGGGACUUCCCGCCAUCAGUUAUUCUGGACAUUAGGUAGGUUUGGAAAAGACUAAGUGAAAGGCAGGUAACUCAUGGCGGAGGGUAAGCACACCUGAUCUCCAGGGCUGUGUGAGGAGCAGUGUAUACUAGGGUGGUAGAGAUUUCCCAUUUUGGCAGUUGUUUAGGAGAGGACUAUCAGCAUUGAAGUAGGAGCAAAAGCAAGUUGCUGUAUAGAGAAAGAGUUGGUGCUGGAGCCAAAGUGGUAAGCACCUUAGAAGACAGUAGCCUUCCCCGUUUACUCAGCCAGUCUUUGUGGUUCUCCAAGUGCUACUAAUGAUUACUGUCCAUUCCGUGACUGACUUAACCAGGAGGUCCCUCUAUGCUCCUAGACAUUGUCUAACCAGGGUAUGCAGUGUAGAGUCUUUGAAGACAGCAGGCAUGGUAAGCUAGAAGGCAGGACAUGGGGUUUGAAAUCUUGAUGGCCUACUGUUGUAUGACCGACACAGUGAUCAUCUUCUUGCCUAUUGAUAAACAGCAAUAGUAUAGAAAUCUGCAGUUAUAACAGACCUAGGUUUAAUCCCAGCUACUUACUCACUCACUGUAUUUUUUUAUUUUCAGCAAGGGUCUUUAAAUUCUCCUGGCCUGUUUUCUUAUCUGUAAAAUGAAGGUACAUGCCUUGCUCAGAAAUUGAGAUUUAUCUGUGUCCUAAACUCCAGCCAACAGAUAUACUUCAUCAAACCUCUGACUGGUCAAAUUCUAACAUCCUAACUUCUCUAGGAACUCCUAAUUUAGGACUGUCUGGUCUUGAUAAGAGACUGGAGAUUAAGGAGCUUUCACAGGGAAUUCUGGAUAUGGGGCCUCUCUCUUUUCUCAGGUUCCUCUCCAUCCAAUCGGGCUCUCAGAUGUUUGUGGAGCAACUUCAUUUUGCCCAGGCAGCAGGAGGUUGGGGGUUGGUGGUGGCUCUGGCCAUGGAAGCAGAUUUAUUUGGAUGAUAGGACUAAUAUUUGUGUAACCUGCUGAGACCUGUGUGGGAGAGUUUAGGGUGGUUUUUCUUUUGGUGAGGGGAUUUGCUCCGGUUUCACAUCCAUUAACACAAAACAUGAGUUAGUCAGGGCCCUUGUGGUCUGUGGUGAGGGGAAGACUGUGGAGAAAUGGGACUGAGUGAGUCAGGCCGAGAGAAUGUCUUCCUUGCAGAGUAGAGUCAACUGGAUAACUGAUGAGCCGAUGGUGGGAUUAGGGAGCGGGAAUGGGACGGGAAGAAGAAAGGCUCUUAAAAGGAGGGAAGCGUUGGGUUCAGGGGUGAGGCCAUCCAAGUUACUGCAUCAAUGAUGGCAUAGGUCUUCUAUGGAAAGCCAACCUGAGUUCAUUCUACCUGUGCUGUAUCACCUACUCUUUGAUUUGGAGUUCCUAGUUUUUGGAAGGAAGUGGUAGACCUCUGUGACAUCUCAUAUUACUCCAUGUUUCUCCCUGGACUCCAAAUUCUAGCUGAUAAAGACGCACAACCGCUUAUAAAUGGUUAAGAGAGAAACAGCUGUCCAGGGAGUGAGAAGUUUGUAAAGUGAGGUGUUUAUGUGAGAGAAAAGAUGUCUAUCUGAGCCCUGCUACAGAAGCUGUGUGGCCCCAUGAAGGAAUGAUGGCCAAGCAAUUAAUUUUUCCUUAGAACUGUCUCUGCAUUCCAAUUGGCUUCAGACAACUGGCGUUCAUUUUGCACUAUACAAACAGAAACUGAUUUAUUUGGAACAAGCCAAAAAACAAGAACUUUAUUUGGUGCCGGGGCUCCACAUAGCUCUGCUGCUACUCCCUCCUCUAUUCUGAAGGCCCUUCCUGUCUAUCUCUAAGGUAGAAGCUGGUCCUCCAUCAGCAGUGUCUUACCCUCUUUCCCUUCCCCCUUGUUGGUCAUCAUUUCUUCUAUCUUUUGAUAAAUAUUUAGUACAGUGCAUUGCAGUAAGUGCUAUUUGGGUACCAAGUGAACUCGAAAGAUAUUCCCUCUAUCCUUCAGGGAUAAUAGGAUCUCUUGGGGGAAAGCACAUGACUGGAGUACCUCAGCUGCACAGCCUGCAGCCAGUUUCUUUUAAAUAGAAGAGCCAGGGGGAUGGCUCACACUUGUAAUCCUGACCCUCUGGGAGGCUGAUGCAGGAUAACUGCUGUGAUCAGGCUGUGUUACACAGUGAGCUGCAUGCUAGCCUAAGAACAGAGCCCUGUCUCCAACAAAAACCAGGAAGUAAGAAUGCCGGCCAUAGCCCAGAACCCAGCAUGAGAGAAAAGAACCAAAUUUUACUGUUUCAUUAAUUCACACUCUUCAUUAGAGUAAAUGUAAAUGUAAAUCAGGGACUUCAGAUUAAAAGAAGAAAACA